UGUGCCACGGCACGGUUAUCGAAUCUGGCUCUCUUCAUCAUGCAGGUGCCCUUUCACGCCUCCGCUUGCCUUCUGCUUACCGUGUUCUUCGACGCCUCCCGGACCCUCCUGGACACCUCCUGGUCCCCAGCCGAGUUUUCUUGGAGCGCCGUCGAAGACAGCCACCGCUUCAUCAGCGCCAUCGCCGACUCUGCCCAUUUACCGCACGUGCAAAACUGGACCCUCGACUUCAACUGGGAAACACCAUCAGCAGCAACAUCACUUGCCAAGCCACCUAUAAAGGACCAGCAAUCACCUCACGCAAUCUGUGGGCUCGGCAGCUGUGCCACGGCACGGUUAUCGAAUCUGGCUCUCUUCAUCAUGCAGGUGCCCUUUCACGCCUCCGCUUGCCUUCUGCUUACCGUGUUCUUCGACGCCUCCCGGACCCUCCUGGACACCUCCUGGUCCCCAGCCGAGUUUUCUUGGAGCGCCGUCGAAGACAGCCACCGCUUCAUCAGCGCCAUCGCCGACUCUGCCCAUUUACCGCACGUGCAAAACUGGACCCUCGACUUCAACUGGGAAACACCAUCAGCAGCAACAUCACUUGCCAAGCCACCUAUAAAGGACCAGCAAUCACCUCACGCAAUCUGUGGGCUCGGCAGCUGUGCCACGGCACGGUUAUCGAAUCUGGCUCUCUUCAUCAUGCAGUACUUACUACAAGCAAAGCACCACCUCGCAACCAGGCUGCCGAGAGCUGAUAACCUGGGAGAUGCAGCUGAUGCAGCACAACGAACAGGGAACUAAUGAACAUCCGAAGUCCCGGAAGAGACUAAAGGUUCCCAGGGAGCACCUGACUGCCUAGGAGGGACUGACAGCUCUGCUAUGACUAUCCAAAGACUCGCCAAUGCUCCACAGUAGAGCAAACGUCGAUCAACCAGGCUGCCACCAGCCGACGGCAGAUAACACAGAAUGUUCAACUGGCACACCACAAGGAACAGGGAGCCAAGGAGUACCUGACGAAGACCCCCAUGUCCCCUUGUCGAAACGUUGACUCCACGCUCGCGCUUUCCUUGCUUGCCCGCAAUUAACUCUGCAGCUGUAAUGUUAAAAUAAUGUCAGCCAUCGGGUCAGACUGAUGUUUUACUGUCGAAUGCUUGCUAUUGUGUGAAAACUUGGUGCUGCAAUAAAGACCGUUUCUUCAGUGCUGUAUGUUACUGUUGUGAAAUACAUAUGUUGUUUGCCUCCACA